AUGGGAGUGAAGCGAUCCUUCGAAUCAUUUAUCGAGAAUAGUCGUGAAGAUGCUAAACUGCGAGUAGCCCAGACCAAUGUUGUAUCCCGCCACCUGAGCCACAUCUUCACAGCCACAAAGGUGCUGAAGCACUCGGUGCUGACAGAACAUGAUUUGGAUACACUAGGAAUCAAGCUAUCCGAGCAUGAUCUGGAAGGAGAAUGUUCCAAUGGCCACCAGGCUUUUUACCAGCCACUACCAAAAUCAAAGUUACCGGAGAUUGACUGGGACAAGGUGCACUUUUCGAAAUGGCAUGAGGGACAUAGCGACGAGCCCCGCCGGGUGCACUAUACGCUUCAGAGUGUUUCGGGCAGGGUCUAUGGCGCAUGGUUUCGUAGUGGCCAGCACCAAACCUGGGGCGAGCAUACGCCAGAUGUGCCGUAUUCAUGGCAGACUGUUGCGGAAAUGGAAGCGGAUUCGCUGGACAUUCCCCACUGCAGCUUUCAGAUGUACCACUACGCCGAUCCCGAAGAACCCCUGCGCCGAAGUGAAGUCCUGCCCAUAGUCGGGUUCAUGCGAUGGCGGCUGAAUCGAUUCAAUUAUGUCAAGCACCGCACAUUCCCGGUCAUGGUUGUUUCUAUCUUCCGCUCCCAGGCCCGAAUUCUCCAGGCUUAUCAUGACGGAAAAUAUCUCCACAUCUCGAAAAGCAAGUUUGUCGAUUUCACCGAGAAUUGUCGCGAGAACUACGAACUGUUUGUGCGGUGGAUCUAUAGCCUUCCCUGCGGGGAUACUGUCGCCCCUCUGCCAAUCAAAGGCGAAGAGUUGCUCCGGCGCAGCUACGAGUUAAUUGAUAAGGGCUUUGAUCAUCUUGCACGAGAAGCAGAGGCAUACCAUCCACGCAAGAAGUUGAAGGGAUAG